AUGGAGUGCUAUUCCAUCUUUGAUGAAUCUUCCCGUAUACUCAAUGAGGUAUUGCUUCAAGAUACCGGGCUUUGCUUUCCAGCCUCAUUUUCUGAGGCUGCUAAGAAGGUCAAGUUCGUCGGCGGUGACCACAAGCCAUGGAUUCUUACUCCCCUCAAGAUCACAGAAUCCAGUGCUUCGUUGACUGCACUCAUGGCUACAGCCGCAAACGUAGUUGCGGCAGAAAGAUAUGGAAUUGAAUACCAGGAUGUCACCGUCAAUCUUGAUGCGGCCACUCUUUUCCUGGAAUCAGUUUUGCUACCAUCGAUUGGUGGCAAGUCGUUCUUGGAGAACCCCCAGAUGGCCCAGGAACUGGCAAAAAUGGACGUGCACCAGAGCGCCAGACCUAUCCGACGCUGGGCCACCAACGUAUACCGGACAAGAGAUGGUCGGUGGUAUCAUCUCCAUGGAUCUAUGAACGCGGUUCCGACAAUGACGAUGAUGGGCAUGGACGAUGUUGAAGUAACCGCUGAGGAGGCCAUCAGACUCUAUGCCGACAAGGUUGCCCAAUGGGACUCGGAAGACCUCGAGAAGACGGCCAAUGAGCAAUACAAGCAGGCCGGCGUUGUUUGUCGUACCCCCGAAGAGUUCUUUUCCAGUGAACAUGGAAAGAUCAUGGCACAAGAACCACUUUGGAGUACGACGCCUAUCGCAGCACCAAAGAAGCCCUGGCCACAAGUCGAAGACCACCGAUACAAGCCUCUUGCCGGAAUCCGCAUCCUUGAUUUUUCCCGCGUCAUUGCCGCGCCCGCUGUGUCCAAGAUGCUCGCCGCGCUCGGUGCCGAUGUGCUCCGCAUUUCCUGCGACAAGCUCCCCGAGUAUCCGGCGACAAUGCCGGACCUGCAGACUGGAAAGCGGGACGCCAAUCUCGACUUGAAGACGCAAGAAGGCAGGCAAGCCUUUACCGAGCUCGUGAAAGACGCCGAUAUGCUCAUUGACGGAUAUCGACCGGGGGCUCUUGCACGUCUAGGUUUCGACACUGCCUCUCUGCGCAAGCUCAACCCUAGCUUGAUCUACAUGAGGGAGAAUUGCUACGGAUUCAAGGGACCUCUGUCGCACCGCUCUGGCUGGCAGCAAAUCAGCGACUGCUUGGUCGGUCUGUCUUAUCUUCAAGGAAAGUUCCUCGGCCUCGAGGAGCCUGUUGUCCCUCUUCUUCCGAAUUCCGAUUACCAGACUGGCUUGGUCGGCGCCGCAGCUGCCAUAUCAGCACUCAUUGCGCGCACCAAAGAAGAUGUCACAUUUGAUAUCGACAUAAGCUUGACUCAGUACAACAUUUGGUAUUACAACCUGGGAAUGUACACUGAUGAACAGCAACGGGAAUUGAGGGCGCGUGAUCCCGACUUCAGCCCUCGCCACUAUGACGACAUGAGCGUGCUUGUUGGCAAAACGCACAAGUCGAUGCAGAGAACUCGCCCGGACAUUUUUGACCAUCCCGAGUACUUUUUGACAAUGACUGGCAAGGAGUACGGCAUUGACGAGGAUUUAAGGAUUCUUGCGCCUGCAUUCAAAUUUGAAUCAUCUCCCGUUGGCUGGGAAGUGCCUACAGGUCGGAGAGGGCGAUCGACGCCAGAGUGGGUAGGAAAAUAG